AUGCAUUUCCCCAAGUCAUCCAUCGUCCUCCUCGCUGCCGCCUCCAGCGUGCAGGCCCUCUCUUUCAACGAUGUCUCGACGGCCGCCUCGAUCCUCAAGCGUGAGGCAUCCGGGCUGGGCAACAACCUGCUGUCCCUAGUCAGGCGCCAGGACGGCUGCCCAGCUGUGUGGAACGAUGUCGCCUCGGAACUGAGGGGCUGGUUUCUCGACGGCGAUGGGUGCAGCGACGAUGCAAGAGCUGCCAUCCGCUUGGCCUUCCACGACUGCUUCGCCGGUGGUUGUGAUGGCUCCAUCAUCCUCGCCAAGGAGUACACUCGCGAGGAGAACGCCGGACUGGAAAACUUCUCGGUGAAGCUCGCACCUUUGGCGGAGCAGUAUGAGGUUGGAACCGCAGAUCUAGUCCAAUUCGCUGGUGCCCAAGCAAUCGCCACCUGCCCGCUCGGCCCGCGUGUCGCCGUCAAGGUCGGCCGCGCCGACAACGACAUUCCAUCCGAAGCGGGCCAGCUUCCUUCGGCGACGGCCUCAGCCUCGACCUUGAUCGGCCAGUUUGAAGCCAAGGGCUUCUCUUCCACCGACCUAAUCGCCCUCGUCGGUGCCCACAGCACCGCGAAGCAGUUCUUUGCCAAGCCCGAAAAGGCCGGUCUCAGCAUGGAUAGCACGCCCGGUACCUGGGACACCAAGUUCUACACCCAGACAUCGCUUGGAACCGCACCCGUGAGCUUGGAUAGCGACGUCAACCUGUCCAAGGAUUUUAGAACCAUCGUGCAGUGGAGCUCGUUCAGCUCACAGGCCGUGUGGUCUGCUGCCUUCGUGAGCGCUUUCAAUAAGAUGUCCGUCCUGGGCAACGAUGCCGGUAGCCUGACGGAUUGCACCAACGUCAUCAACGCCGCGACCAGCAAGCGUGACAUCAAGGCCGCCCCGAUUGCGGACAGGAUGUGA